AUGUUACACAUUCUUGGAGUAAAGGAACCUGAGGACUACAAAACUUGCAAUGCGAACCGGAGGUGUAACGCUAGAAAUCAAUCUUUGGGCCCUUUACCAAUAUGUCAACAAGUUGUUCAAAAAGAGGCGGGGGAAAGUAAAAGACGCUGUCUAAGAAGACAAUCUGCUAGUUCUAGAAUCCAACAGCAGGAACCAAAUGAGAAUUUGUUUGAGAUAGAAGAUGUCAAGUUUCCAGUUGCCAUGCCUGCAAAUAGUCCCGCUUGUGCAGACGGAUCACCUCAAGUUUCUUCAUCUAACAAGAAAGAAGAGUUUGACCGUGGUCAUGACUCUGAUUUUGAAACUCAGGAAUCACGAAGAACUUCUAUUACGAGACCAAUGCGAAGAGCAGUCGAAAAAGUUCAGUCCUACAAAGAAAGACCUGUUAACAUCAAAAUGAGGAGAACUUAA